AUGCCUGUCACGCCUAUCAAGUCCGAGUCGCAGUACAAGGACGCCAUCUCGGACCAGGGCCUCACCGCUAUUCAGUUCGUCGCACCGUGGGAGGAAAGCUGCAAAGCCAUCACGCCCAAGUUCAAGGCCUACGCCGAGAACCCUCGCUGGAAGGACUUCAAGUUCUACCGCGUCGACAUCUGCGACCAGCAGGACGUCGCGAUGACUUCGGGCGUCGAGAUGGCCCCAACGUUCCACUUCUACAAGAACGGCGCCAAAGUCAAGGAGUUUGUCGGCUCGUCACACCCGGCUCUCGAGCGCACGAUGGGCGCCGUUCUCGCCGCCCACUAG